CACCAUGACCACCAUGGAGGUCGACACCGACACACGCCCCCGCCCCGUCGCCUCUGCGCGCCCUACCGUCGCCGACUUGCAUGGCGACUCCCACUACGCCCACGUUGCGCGCACCCACUGGCUCGACGCCGCCAAGCCGCCCAAGGUCAAGCCUAAUGUCGUCAAGGAUGAGCUGUGGGACCAGCUCGAGGCCGAAGACUUUGCCUUUGGCUCGCUUUUGAUCCUCGAGAACCUGCACCUGCUCGAAAGCUAUCUCUGGCCCGGUUACACCCCGGACUCUUCGAACCACCACGUCCUGUUGCUGGCAUUGCUCGUCAACAUCAAGCGCAGAGAGAACCUGCCGUCAUGGGACCUCUUUGCCGACAAGCCCUCGGACUUCGCCUCUUUUUUCCGCCGUAUCCUGUCCAUGACCGUCGAUGCGGCUCUCCCCCUCAAGGUCCGCACGCACCUGAUUCUGUUCGUCAUUGGCGCUUUCCAAUCCCUCGACAGUGGCCUGAUCCGGAAGGAAUGUGCGCCUCUGGUUUCGAUAGGCAUUUGGCACAACCUUCAUAGCGAUGCGACGAGGGAGGACAAGCUCGAGAAGAAUCUUAUGUUGCGCAAAGCUUGGAGAGCGUCGGCGAAACGUUAUGAUGGCGCAGAUGAUCAGGGAAAGACGAAAAUGCGCUUCGAGCGGUCAUGGCUCUUCACGCUGCUGCUGGACUUCUUAAACCGGAUUUACGACACCGAGGCAUUGCGCAUUCCCGAUAACCUGCGGUACUGCGAACGUUUCGUAGAAUUCCUUGCGGAUUUACAGAGCCAAUUGCCUACGCGACGCUACGUCAACGCUCUUCUCCAGGACGUGAACAUCCUGCCUGCCAUCUGGCUCUCCCCCGUCUGCAAUGACGACGACAACAUCCUGUUCCGGGAUCUUUUCGCUCUCCUUCGGCACUACACGCUCUUUCCGAUCGACGACCAAGUUGGUCACCAGCAAUCACCUGCCGAGUAUCACCAGGCGCAUUGCGCUAAACUGGCGAAAAUUCAGCGGACGGCAAUCAAGCACUUCUCCGAAAAACUCAAGAUUUUGGCCUUGACAAACUACGGAUCUUUGGAAAACCGUGUGGAUUUGGAGGGCCAUCUUGAAGCUCUAGAGGACAGUGAAAUGGUUGAGCUCUGCAAGCUGUUGGGUUUCAGGACUGAAUAUCCCAAAUCCUCAUUGGUGGUUCAGGAUAGGGCUUUCUACGUUGAACUAAUCACAUCAAUCUAUGAGAAGAGGCCGACAUUCCAAGACUCAGUUAGGGACAUGGAAAUCUUUCCAACCGAAAGUACUCUCUACAACCCAUCCCUUGUGGUCAGCGAGUCCUACAAUGGAUCCAGGCCGCUAGCAAUACCAAAGCUGAACCUUCAAUAUCUCACCAUGGGUGAUUUUCUUUGGAGAUCGUUCAUCUUGCACCGCGCCGAGACGUUUUAUGAGAUCAGGAAAGACAUGGAAGAUGUGAUAAAGCGCCUGCAACGUAAGAAUGUUCGGGGAUCUGCACAGUUUAGUGGAUUCUCAAGGAUGGCUAUGCCGAUUUCGAAGCCUGCUAUUACCGACGUGGCCCCGCCCAAUGUUGGCGAAGUUGCUCCAUCAAAAGUCCAGGCUGAGGUGAUUGUGGACGUUAGUCGAUUGAACUGGGCUAUCCGGAGAGAAUGGGAGGCCCUCCGUCCUGAUGAUGUGGUCUUCCUACUCUGUGUAGACCCUACCGAUGAGGAUUCUGGGAUCAACGAUGGCAGCAAAUCGCAGAACGAAGCUGAAAAAAUAGGCCUGAGGCAUCUACGAUGUGCCGAAGUCAUUCAAGUUCUGGAUGACAACGGACGGCCGCUUCGCGAGCAAGCACACCAACAGGAUGGCCAGGGCCGUAGAGCCCGCCAACGUCGGCUGUUGCUCAAGCUCGAUGCCAAGGCUUACCAAGAAGACAUGGACCGCGUUGCCAAAGGUCUGGCAAAUGUCUACGACUCCAUCAACGUGGUCGUGCGGCGCAGAGGCCGGGAGAACAACUUCAAGCCUGUUUUGGAAUCUAUCAGACGCUUGACGCUAUCUGAUAUCCCUGCCCCUUCUUGGCUCCAGGAAGUAUUCUUGGGUUACGGCGAUCCUGCUGGUGCCACCUACAAGCGCUUGCCGAAUCGUCUGAAGAACAUCGACUUCCGUGAUACUUUCUUGGAUUGGCAACACCUCACCGAGAGUUUACCAGGCAAGACUGUCGAGCCCGCGGAAGGCUCGUCCGACAGACUGAACCCGCCAUACGUUCUGGAAUUUCCUGAAGAAGAGCAGGGAGCCCCUCCUGCUCGGCCUGCUAAGAAGCGUAGGCGGGAGCAACAGGAGCAGCCUCCGCCUGGCACGCCCAAAGCUGUUCGCAUCUCUACUUACAAGCCUGCCAACAUGGGUCCUUACCCGACAGAUGCCCCCAAGCUCAACACCGUCCGCUUCACGCCUGCACAAACGGAGGCCAUUACUGCUGGCACUCAGCCUGGGUUAACAGUCAUUGUCGGUCCCCCUGGAACGGGCAAGACAGACGUCGCCACUCAGAUCAUCAACAACAUCUACCACAACUUCCCCGCGCAGCGCACACUGCUCAUAGCCCACAGCAACCAAGCUCUCAACCAACUCUUCCAGAAGAUCGUCGCGCUGGACAUUGACGAACGUCAUUUGUUGCGGCUGGGACACGGCGAAGAGGAACUUGAAACCGACGUCAGCUACAGCAAGCACGGCCGUGUGGAAUCUUUCCUCGAGCGAGGUGCAAUGUACCUCGCAGAGGUAAACCGUCUUGCUGCCAACUUUAACGCGCCCGGUGCACACGGCAACUCUUGUGAGACCGCUGGGUAUUUCAACCAGGUCUACGUCAAGCCUGUCUGGACGAAAUAUUGGGACAAGGUCGAGGCGGGAGAGAUAGGCAACGAGGAACUUGUUGCCGAAUUCCCCUUCCAUCAAUACUUUUCCAACGCCCCCCAACCUCUCUUCCCGCAAGAUGCCUCGAGAGAACAGCUUGUGGAUAUCGCUGCUGGAUGUUACAGACACGUGGAGAAGAUCUUUACGGAGCUGGACGAUAUUCGGCCGUUUGAGAUCCUGCGCCAUUCUCGCGACAAGGCCAACUACUUGCUGGUCAAGGAAGCUAGGAUUGUCGCCAUGACAUCGACCCACGCAGCCAUGCGGAGGCAAGAAAUUGCCAAUUUAGGCUUCCAUUAUGAUAAUGUCAUCAUGGAAGAAGCUGCGCAAAUCACAGAGAUAGAGAACUUUAUUCCGCUUGCGCUACAAAACCCCAAGGAUGGCGAGCUGCCCCUGCAGCGUGUGGUUCUCUGUGGUGAUCACCUGCAGAACUCCCCGGUCAUCCAAAACCUGGCAUUUAGGCAGUAUGCCAACCUCGAACAGUCGCUCUUCCUUCGUCUCGUCAGACUCGGUGUCCCCACGGUCAUGCUUGACCAGCAAGGUCGCGCCAGGCCCAGCUUAGCGGAACUAUACAAGUGGCGUUACCCCAAGCUCGGCAACUUGGCCAGCGUUGAGUCGACGCCGGAGUUCCUCAAGGCAAACGCUGGCUUCAGGUAUGACUACCAGUUCAUCAACGUGCCUGACUACAAGGGCCGCGGUGAGAUGGAGCCAACUCCUCAUUUCAUCCAAAACUUGGGCGAAGCCGAGUACGCCGUGGCCAUCUUCAUGUACAUGCGUCUGCUUGGGUAUCCUGCGUCCAAGAUCUCCAUUCUGACGACGUAUGCCGGACAACGUGCAUUGAUCAGAGAUGUCCUCUCUCAUCGCUGCGCGAAGAACAGGCUGUUCGGGAUGCCACGGAUCGUGACGACGGUGGACAAGUAUCAGGGCGAGCAAAAUGACUACGUCAUCCUCUCGCUCGUGCGCACAGCGCGUGUCGGCUAUCUGCGUGACAUCCGCCGUCUCACGGUUGCCUUGUCCCGCGCCCGCCUCGGCCUGUACAUCCUAGGCCGGCGCGAAGUCUUCGAGGAGUCGUACGAGCUCAAGCCCGCCUUUGACAUUCUGCUGCAGCGUCCGGACAAGCUGACCUUGGCCACCGGCGAGAUGCACCCGACGCAGCGGCUGCUGACGGACGAGCCCGCGGCUACGGAGAUGGAGGGCGUGGAGCACCUGGGCCAGUACGUGUUCGAGAUGACGCAGGCGAAGGUCGCGGCGCUGAAGUCCAACGGCGGCGUCUUGCCGCCCGUCGAGGAGGAAAGGGACGUCGAUAUGGAUGCGGAUGAUCUGGAUGUGGACGAUCAGGAGGUCGAGGAGGUGUUGGACGAGCCCGAUCCAGAAGAGGAGGUCGUGUAGAUGCUCUCUAUCCCUCUAUCCCUCUCUCUUCCUCUCCAUCUCACACACUCUCUCCUACUUCUUCCCCUACUAGAUCAGGCUAGCGUUUCGAGGCGAUUUUGGUUGGUUCAUUGACAGCGAGCAAGCACGUGGUGGCGGAUCAAGGUCGAGGUUAUUAUAUAUACCAAGCGCGUGGCUGCGGGCGCAGCCAGGGCUAUCGAAAAUUAAAAUAAAAUACUCG